GACUGUUCUGCUUCCGUUUGACAUCUUUGAGUUCGGUCUCUUUCGCAACAGAGAGUAAGAUAGAGAGAGAGAGGAAUUGGGAGGAGCAGAGGCGAUCGGGAAGUUGGAAGGAGGGGAUUGUUCGUAUCCAAGUUGCAGUUUUAUAUGAUUUUUUUUUAUCUGUUUGGACUUUUUAGGUCAACUUGGAUUUUACACAGCUUUCACCUGUGUGAGAUUCUUCUUCUUUUCGUUAAUUUAGUUUUAUCUGAGUGGUAGUUUUUCGAAGGAGCGCCGCAUGAUGAAGCGGCUUCUCUAAUUUGUGAGGCUUCUCUGAGUCCACAUGUGCGUGUUUCUAUCAUCUCCAUCCGCUACAGUACUGGCAGCGGGGUUUGAGCCCCUUUUUUUUUUUUUUUUGCCGUUUUCGCCUAUCUUCUCCGUAGGGGGUAGCUCGGGAUCUUAAUUUGUUUGGUUUUGUUUGGAGGGAGGUGGCGAAGGAGGCGCUAAGUUAGCUUUUGGCUCUGUUUGCUUGGCUUCUAUCUCUUCCUUUCCGUCCAAUAAAUCCGGAUCCUUUGCGUUGUUUAUUGAAAAGGGAGAAGAUCGAAGCUCCGUUUAAGCGUUUCUUGUUUGUCUUCCUUGAUACUCUGGGUUUUCUUUCUGUCCCUCAGUUUUUUUUUUUCCUCGACUUUCCUUUUUUCUUCUUCAGUGUGCUCGGGAUCUGUUUGGCGGUUGGGGGUUCGAGGUAUAUAUUGGUUUCAGAGGGAUUAUAUAUUGAAACUCGUUGUGGGAGAAAAAGGGAGGAAUUUUAAAUGAGUUUUGACGGCUUAUUCGACUCUGGUAGCUCCGGCGGUCUGCCGCCGUACUCCGCCGGAGGCGUACAGCAGACGCGUCUUCUCUCAAAUCCAGCCUUCAGUUCUCCCGGCCUCUCCCUCGGCCUGCAAAUGAACACCGCCGGACAGGGGGAGAUGAGCAGAUUAGGAGUUUUUACCGGAGAUGCGGAGACGAUGGUUAAGAACAGGGAGGAUGAGAAUGAGAGCAGAUCAGGCGGUAGUGACAACCUCGAAGGCGGCUCCGGCGACGAUAUCGACCAAGAGAAUCCUCGCAAGAAGAAGAGAUACCACCGCCACACUCCACAACAAAUUCAAGAGCUCGAAGCUCUCUUUAAGGAGUGCCCUCACCCGGAUGAAAAGCAACGAAUGGAGCUGAGCAAGCGUCUCAACCUCGACCCACGCCAGGUCAAGUUCUGGUUCCAGAACCGCCGCACGCAGAUGAAGACGCAGAUCGAGCGGCACGAAAACUCGAUUCUCCGCUCGGAGAACGACAAGCUCCGCGCUGAGAACCUGACCAUCAGGGAAGCGAUGCGAAGCCCGGUGUGCGGCUCCUGCGGUAGUCCGGCGAUGCUUGGGGAGGUUUCACUUGAAGAGCAACACCUCAGGAUUGAAAAUGCACGCCUCAAAGACGAACUCGACCGCGUGUGCGCCCUAGCCUCCAGGUUCCUCGGCCGCCCCAUGUCCUCUCUAUCAUCCCCUUUCUCUCCGGCGCCACUCGACCUCGGCGUUGGCUUCACGGCCCUCACUGCAAUGGGCGGCGGGGAUAAUUACCCAUCCGGAAGCUCCAUGCUGCAGCCCGCACGUGCCGUCCUUGCCGGCUCCGAGAGGUCGAUGUUGCUCGAGCUUGCGUUGGCAGCAAUGGAUGAACUAAUAAAGUUGGCGCAGAUGGACGCUCCCUUUUGGAUCCCGAACAUCGACGGCCGGGGCGAGGUUCUCAACUUAGACGAAUACUCAAGAUCUUUGCAUCGUUGCGUUGGCCCGAAGCCGGCUGAGUUCGUCUCGGAGGCAACGAGAGAGACGGGAAUCGUUCUCAUCAAUAGCAUGAUCCUCAUUGAUUCCUUCAUGGAUGUGACCCGUUGGGCGAAAAUGUUCCCAUGCAUCGUCGCCAAAGCCGGCACCAUUGACAUCAUAUCGAGCGGCAUGGGGGGCACUCGAAACGGCGCAUUGCAACUGAUGCAUGCGGAGCUGCAAGUUCUAACGCCGCUUGUGCCGGUGAGGGAGGUGAGCUUCCUGAGAUUCUGCAAGCAGCACGCGGAGGGUGUGUGGGCCGUCGUUGACGUUUCAGUGGACGGCAUUCGCGAAAGCCUCGCUGCUUCCGGCGCUCACAUGAGUUGCCGGCGCCUCCCGUCGGGCUUUUUGGUGCAAGCAAUGCCCAGCGGCUAUUCCAAGGUCACAUGGGUGGAACACGCGGAAUACGACGAAACGGCGGUGCACCAGCUCUUCCGUCCUCCGCUGCGCUCUGGCCUUGGCCUCGGCGCUCGUCGGUGGCUCUCGGCGCUCCAGCGACAGGCCGAAUGCCUCGCCAUAAUGGCCGCCUCUUCGCCCCCGCCCGGCGAUAACCCCGCGGCGAUAACGGUUGCAGGGAGGAGAAGCAUGCUGCGGCUGGCGGGAAGGAUGACGGAAAACUUCUGCGCCGGAGUGUGCGCUUGGGCGGAGAGGAAGUGGAGGGAACUGCGGUCGGUGGAGGUCGGGGAGGACAUGGUGCGGGUUAUGACGAGGCAGAGCGUGGAUGAUCCCGGUGAGCCUCCUGGGGUUGUACUGAGCGCGGCGACGUCCGUGUGGCUCCCGUUGGUCUCUGCACAGCGCUUGUUCGAGUUCCUGAGGGACGAGCAUCUGCGGCGGGAGUGGGACAUUCUUUCCAAUGGUGGCCCUAUGCAGGAGGUCGCCCAUAUAGCCAAGGGCCAGGACCAUGGAAACGCUGUAUCCCUCCUCCGCGCCACUGUCCCCGCCACCUCUUCCUCUAUGGAUGCCAAUGGAAAUCAGAAACAUGAAGAUGAGAGCAUGUUGAUACUGCAAGAAACAAGCACAGAUGCGGCGGGCUCAUUGGUGGUUUACGCCCCGGUCGACGCUCCUGCCAUUAACCUUGUCAUGAACGGCGGCGAUUCAUCCUACGUUGCGCUGCUGCCCUCCGGCUUCGCCAUUCUACCUGAUGGCAGUGGUGGCUCCGGCAGCGUAGGAGGAUCCCUACUUACUGUAGCCUUCCAGAUUCUUGUCACCACCCUCUCCACGGCUGAGCUCACCGUUCAAUCGGUCGACACAGUCAAAAGCCUAAUUUCCUGCACCGUCCUGAAAAUCAAGUCCGCACUGACUUGCUAAAGCUGAAUUUCCCAACCCCACAAAGCUACCUAAUUUUUCCGUAUUAUAUAUAUAUCUAUAUCUAUUAAUAUAUUAUAGAGAGAGAGAGAGAGAAGCGCUAAUAAUCAGUUAAUUAGACUUUUUUUUUUUUUUUGGUUUUUUUUUUUGUUGUUGUUGUUGGGAACAAUAAAGUGGGCUAAGAAGAGAAGAAAUGGUUGUGGUUUGCAUGGUUGCUGUGCGCAAUGCGGUCAGGGUCGAGUCAAGAACGAACCUCGCUAUGAGGUGAGAGGUAAGGAAUGGCAUCGAACAGCGGUGGCGGUUCGGGUAUUGACUCCGCUUUCCUUGUGCCAUGGCUCUUAUAGAUUUUAUAUUUCCCUAUAAUUCUGAAACUGUUCUAAGAAGAUCAUAAAGUGUUAUAGUUUAUGAGUCUGUGUAUUUAGGUCAUCAUCCUUUUGCUUUAUGUACUGUUACUGGCCAUCAAUGGAUUCCUGGUUGGGCUAUUAUUCUGUGGAAA